ACUACUGUACUCUGUAUAUAAUAAAAAACUUAGGAAUUUACAAAAACAGUCUUUUGGUAUACAUUACUGAAACAAUUAUGAAAUGGUUAGCUUGGUUUUCUAAGCUUGAACCCCGUGGGGAUAAUAUCUCAAAUAAAGUCGAAUUGGAAAUCACGGAUCUAAAAGAAUUUCGUCGUUUGUUCUGUAUCGAACUAUGUUUACUCACCGUGGGUGGCUCGACAUUGGUAAUGAUGGUAGUGCAUAUUUUACUCGGUAUAUUUCACCCUGAAGCUUUUUCCAAUUAUGGGAUGACGAUAGGUAUUUUCACAAUCGUAUUAGCAAAGAUUGUACCGCAUGCUUUAUUUCCAUAUAAUAAGGACUCAAAAUAUCCAUGUACAAUUUUCUAUGCAUUUGGUGUUGCUCAACUGAUAAUGGUCGGUAUGGUGUUUCUAUUAGUGAACAGACUGGACUCAUUGUGGAGAGUAGCUCACUUCAUGGGUGAUGAUAAAAAUCAAGUUUUCACGUCAUUACUUUUCCAGAUUAAUUUUGUCUUACAAUCCACGUUGGUAAUGUUGUUGUUCGAAAGAAUCAAUAUUCCUACUAGGAAUGAUUACAUAUUAAAAACAAAAAGUUGGGAAAUCCAAAAGUGUAAACCUUCAUUGCUCAUUUUAUUUUUAAUUUACACUCUUCUGUUAUUGUUUUAUAUCAUAAAUUUAGUUAUUCUUCUCAAUAAAAAACUAUAAUUCAACUUUUAAAUUAUUUAUAUUAUUUUUUGUUUACUUCUUAUUUUCAGUUUUACUUCUUUUCAAUUACCAAAUAUCUCCGAAAAAAAGCUUAACAUAUAAAAACAUAUGAUUCUGUUCAAUAUAAUGUAUUAUA